CAGAGGUUAGAAAGAGGGAAUCACAGGUGAGCGGCGAGAGCGAAUUAGGGCCUGGGAAGCCACACGGUUGUUCAACCGUAGCUGUGUGCGUGUGACAGUCUGCGUGUUUUUUGGUCUAGUCUGAUUGUUUUUAACUUUUUCAGUGGGCAAAGUCAGUUUUUCAAUUUAGAUGUUUUGAAACGUAUUGCUGAAUAAAGUGUUGAACUCAGACGUCAUGGCGGACCUCACUUGCAGGAGCACGAGUUGGAAAUGCCUUCAAAUUCCCUCCAGUGGCAUUUUUGCUGUUGUUGUUAGAUUGCCACCUCAUUUUGUUGAAAUACUACGCUUCAAAGGACUGAACAACUGGGUUUGCAAGACUGGAAUCACGAGUAGAGCGGAGAAGAAAUAAGGUUUUGACGGGAAUCGGCAAGAAACAGAAAGUACCUGACUGCACAUACAGUACUCGCUGUGAUUAGUCGCUGGAACCUAUCUCCGCUUGUGUGACGCCUGACCUUUGACCCCUGAAGUCCAGCACUGAGAAGCGCCUUGAUGGUACAAACUUUUAACAGACAGACAGACCAACACAUCCACCUGAGAAUCAGGAUGUCUGAGCUGCCUGCUUUCCCCCGAAUGACCUUCCUCUUGCUUUGCAUUCUGGGUAUGACCUUGGUGACAUCUGGCUUCCCUCAGUCUCGACUACCUCUCAGAAGUCUUGAUGAUUCAGAGGAACCCACACGAGAUGACUGGGAUGUCCUCUUCCCCACCAUCUCUCUCCGUGAUUGGAGCAUUCAAAUGAUGUCACCGCCCAGCCUCGGAGCAGCAGCCGACAGCAAGGCAGGACUGAUGAGGGAGGCGUGGCUGUUUGGCCCCGAGAGGCCAGAGGCCAGCGUGGAGAGGGCGUGGCCGGCCGAGUGGUCGCCUCAGGGUGCCGGCAUGGUGAAGAGGAACAUGGUGGUGGCUGAUGAUUCUGCCUUCAGAGAGAAGAGUAAACUCCUCACCUCCAUGGAGAGACAGAAGUGGCUCAACUCCUACAUGCAGAAACUACUGGUGGUUAAUUCAUAAUGAUAAUUUAUUCUUUACAGCCCUUUAUUCAAAUCAAACCACCUCUGCACCCUGGCCUGGCAAAAAGUUUUUUUUAAGGUAUACCCGAAGUCUUAUUAUUAUUGCUCAGUCGCUAACUUAUGAGACAAGAAUAUACUGUAGACAUCAAUGGUCAUUAACCCUGUGCUCAAGUCUAGCAUCUUAAUACUCAUAUUCCUAUUUUUUGCAGCACUUUCACCAUCUUAUGGUGCUGAAAAUAAUUUGGUGUUCUAAUGAAUAAUGAAUAAAUAAAAGGUGUAAAUUAUGUUU